UUGUGUGCAGGGUGCGUCAGAGUCUCUUGACUCUCGCGGAAUCGACUGUGUCCUCUUUUUCAGUCUCGGGGCCAUACGUCUCAAUGUCCGACGGGCUAUGACAACGUCACUGCUUCUCCGCCCGCGUUGGAUUGACCCGGUCAUGUUUCUCUAUGAUAACGGUGGCGGCUUGGACGACACCGGCAAGAAUAUGGAAGGGUUCACGGGAGGUAACUUCUCGCCGAGCCCGUGCAGGAAUUUGAUGGCUCACCCUGCCUCUCUUGCUCCCAGCGCUGCUUAUCCGUCAAGCGAAGUGGUUGCCGCUGGAGCGGGUGAGCCUGGGAAGCAAUGCAGCCCCUGCUCAACCGUCCAGGGUUCAGCCAGCGCUUCAAUAUCCUACGGAUAUUUCGGUGGUGGUGGAUACUAUCCUUGCCGAAUGUCCCAUCACCAUGGGGGCGGUGGAGGUGUGAAGACAUGCGCCCAGUCCCCCGCCUCUGCCUCACCUUACGGGGAAAAAUACAUAGAUACGUCCGCUUCUACAUGCGAAGAUUACACCUCCUCGCGCGCCAAAGAGUUUGCCUUCUACUCGAGCUACGCCUCGAGCCCGUAUCAGCCAGUUCCGAGCUAUCUGGAUGUGCCCGUAGUCCAGGCAAUGAGCGGGCCUGAGUCCCGGCAUGAGUCCUUAUUACCAAUGGAGAGUUACCAACCGUGGGCUAUCACAGCCAGUGGCUGGAACGGGCAGGUCUACUGCACCAAAGAGCAGCCACAGACGGGAAACCUGUGGAAGUCGUCUAUACCAGAACCAGUGUCUCACGGAGGGGCAGACGGUAGCUCUUUUCGCCGCGGGAGGAAGAAACGUGUUCCAUACACCAAGGUGCAGCUGAAGGAGCUUGACAGGGAGUAUGCCGCAAACAAGUUUAUCACCAAGGACAAACGCAGGCGGAUAGCCGCUCAGACCAACCUGUCUGAACGACAGGUUACUAUCUGGUUCCAGAACCGACGAGUAAAGGAGAAAAAAGUCGUCAACAAAUUCAAAAGCAACAGUUAGCUUUGCUCUGUGUAAAUGCAAUUGGACAAUUUUAAACAGCGAUGGCCCACACAUACUCAAGGCUAUGAAAUUAUAGACGUUUUAACGAAUAUUUGUUUUCCUUGGACUACCGCUUUUGAAGUGACCACUUUGGAUCGGACAGGGUUGAUGGUGACGCGGUGCGUCAUUUCUGGGCUGCAAACAGUGUAUGGCCAUAUUCCCAACUCAAGACAAAGAGGGCCAAAAGAUCAAUUUGUUUGUUGAGAUUAUUUUCUGCUCACCAAAAUAUCUAGUGGAGAGAUAAACAUUGGAUAUUGAAAUUGUGAUACUGUAACUCUUUACAGUGUGGUACGACUUUUCUUUCACCACCUCCAGUGUCGAUUAUGAUUGAAAUUAUGCUUUGCUUGAAAUCUCAAGUUCAUAAAAUUUCGUCUCAUGCUGGAGAAUAUGAGGUAUGGAGCCUGUAGUUUAUUAAGGCCAAGUACAAUCUGUGGUUAUGUUUGUGCCAAAAUAAUGUACAAUAUAGACUUGCUGUGUGUUUGUGUGUUAAAGAGUAGCCUACCUUAAGUGUGUUUUGUCGUUGUAUAGUGUUGCGCAAAAUGCGUCCUAAUAAACCAUUCAUAAGAAAAAUAUGUAUGGCGACGUAAUAAUUUUUACUUUUUUAUUGCAACA